AGUUAAGGUGGGCCCCCAGCGAGAUUUUUGUCCCGGGACGACAAGGACAGUCCUGGGGAUUUUUUUUUCCCCCUGCUUUGGAGGCCCCAGGCUCAAGGCAAAUUAUAAGUGGGAAACCAAUUGGAAGGAAAGAAAUUUGAACCGAGUUAAGGUGCCAGAAAGAGAAGCAGCCCUAUCUGAAGUCUGCAUCUGCCGCUGACAAACUUGGGGGGGGGGGGGGUGCUGUGUUAAGGGAAGGGGGUUCGGCAAGCACAGGUAGAGGAGAGGCCGGUACUGCCCCAACAGGCCAUCAGAGAGCGGCAAAAUGAUGGAGGGCCCUAGAAAGAAGUCACUCUAGAGACAAGAGAGGACUCUUGGAAGCCGAGAAGGCUUUGAGAAGUCCUUUCCGGACUGAGCCGUCGCCGGAGGCCCCUGGCGGCCCGCCCGCGCACAGAGGUCCACGAUGGGCCUGCUCCAGGGCCUUCUCCGGGCGAGAAAGCUGCUGCUCGUUAUCUUCGUGCCGCUGCUGCUGCUGCCUCUGCCCAUGCUCCACCCCAGCAGCGAGGCCGCGUGUGCUUAUGUGUUGAUCGUGACUGCUGUGUACUGGGUGUCUGAGGCGGUGCCCCUCGGAGCUGCAGCCCUGGUGCCUGCCUUCCUUUACCCGUUCUUCGGAGUCCUCCGAUCCAGUGAGGUGGCCGCCGAAUACUUCAAGAACACCACGCUGCUGCUGGUGGGUGUCAUCUGCGUGGCAGCUGCCGUGGAGAAGUGGAACCUGCACAAACGCAUUGCUCUGCGCAUGGUCAUGAUGGCUGGAGCCAAGCCGGGCAUGUUGCUGCUCUGCUUCAUGUGCUGCACCACACUGCUCUCCAUGUGGCUCUCCAACACGUCCACCACCGCCAUGGUGAUGCCCAUCGUGGAGGCCGUGCUGCAGGAGCUGGUCAGUGCCGAGGAGGAGCAGCUCGUGGCGGGCAACUCCAGCGCCGAAGAGGCCGAGCCCAUCAGUCUCGAUGUAAACAACAGUCAACCCUCCCUGGAACUCAUCUUUGUCAAUGAAGACACGUCGACUGCAGACUUCACUUCUCUGAUGCAGGACAAGAACCUGAAUGGGGUGCCCCCAAUCACCAACCCUGUCAAAAUGGCAACACCCCAGAGCAAGAAGCAGCACCGAUCCCAGGAAAAGCCACUAGUCCUGAUUCCUGGGCCCAGGAACCAGGAGCUCAACAGAAAGUACAAGUCCCAGCGUGACCAGAUGAUCUGCAAGUGCCUGUCUCUGAGCAUAUCUUACGCUGCUACCAUUGGGGGCCUGACCACCAUUAUUGGUACCUCCACCAGCCUCAUUUUCUUGGAACACUUCAACAACCAGUACCCAGCUGCAGAGGUGGUCAACUUCGGCACCUGGUUCCUCUUCAGCUUCCCCAUCUCCCUCAUCAUGCUGGUGGUCAGCUGGUUCUGGAUGCACUGGCUGUUCCUGGGCUGCAAUUUUAGAGAGACCUGCUCUCUGAGCAAGAAGAAGAAGACCAAAAGGGAAGCGUUGUCAGAGAAGAGGAUCCAAGAGGAAUAUGAAAAGCUGGGAGCCAUUAGCUACCCUGAAAUGGUAACCGGAUUUUUCUUCAUCCUGAUGACCGUGCUGUGGUUUACCCGGGAGCCUGGCUUUGUUCCUGGCUGGGAUUCUUUCUUUGAAAAGAAGGGCUACCGCACGGAUGCCACAGUCUCCGUUUUCCUCGGCUUCCUCCUUUUCCUGAUCCCGGCAAAGAAGCCUUGCUUUGGGAAGAAGAGUGACGGGCAGAACCAGGAGCCUUCCCGGGGGACGGAGCCCAUCAUCACCUGGAAGGACUUCCAGAAGACCAUGCCCUGGGAGAUUGUCAUUCUGGUGGGAGGAGGCUAUGCUCUGGCUUCAGGCAGCAAGAGCUCUGGCCUCUCCACAUGGAUUGGGCACCAGAUGUUGUCUCUGAGUAGCCUCCCACCGUGGGCCAUCACCCUGUUGGCAUGCAUCCUGGUGUCCAUUGUCACAGAGUUUGUGAGCAACCCAGCCACCAUCACCAUCUUCCUGCCUAUCCUAUGCAGCCUGUCCGAAACGCUGCACAUUAAUCCACUCUACACCCUGAUCCCAGUCACCAUGUGCAUCUCCUUUGCAGUGAUGCUGCCCGUGGGCAAUCCCCCCAACGCCAUCGUCUUCAGCUAUGGGCACUGCCAGAUCAAAGAUAUGGUGAAAGCUGGCCUGGGGGUCAAUGUCAUUGGCCUGGUGAUCGUGAUGGUGGCCAUCAACACAUGGGGAGUUAGCCUCUUCCACUUGGACACUUUUCCAGCCUGGGCUAAGGUCAGUAACCUCACUGAUCAGGCCUGACACAAGCGGGCACACAGCCCAGCCAGAGGAGCCACCAGCGCCGAACAGAAUCUGACCAAGAAAGCCGCCAGGAGCACACAACCCCCACCGGAAGAUUCCACAGCCUGCCACCCCAGGUGACGAGCAGGAAGCCUCCGAUGCUGGGACGUUAGUGCCUUCUUCUCCGCCCUCCUUCCUCAGCACUGUAGUUCAGGAAAACCUAGCACCGUUCUCACGUCCUGUAUCUUGGGCUCUCCAGGUCUGAGGACAGGAAGAGCAGAAAGGCUGACUCGGUCGCCCCUCAGAGGCUAACUAAGCCUCACAAACUAGCCUCACUGGCUUCCAUGUUAUUAAUACCUUAACCCCUUUUUGGAGUUGGAGGAGAAAUCAAAUCAUCCCACCUGUGUAGUCACAUCUCCUCUCUCGGAGGAAAAUCUUCCCCCGGAACUUUCUCCUCAGCGUUUCUAUCCUAAGUUCUCACCACAAAAAGGCGAUCUUGGCAAGUCCUCUUUGUGGCGAUCAGUACUCUUUUCUCAAUUCUCUGAUUCCCUUCUAAGCAGCUGCCUUCAAUGGCUUCUCUUUACCCUUGGCACCAAAUUCCCAUAAAGAAAUAGCGUCCCCCUUUAGAAAGAGGCUUGUACUGUUCUCUUUGUCCAAGGAAAAAGAAGUAGAGACAGAAGACACACUGAAAUCAGUACAGGUAUCCCCGGCUUUUCAAAAGUUCUGGUUACGCCACUUUGCUUUUACAAAAGACCCACGUGAGUACCCGUUUUCGCUAACCGGAGGAGAUCUGAAGAGGAUUUUUGGAUUUCUGAGAAGAGUCCAAGUAGUGUUCAGUGGUUUUGAGGCGAGCGCAAAGGGCGAGGGGCAGUGCGCAACCUGAGCAACUGGAGUGGUGCCACUGGGCCGCCUCCCGGGGAACUGCACCCAGCGUCUCUGCGCGGAGCUGCCAGAGCUGCGAGCUGCAUCUGCGAGCGUCUGUGCUGUAUGCCCAUUUACUUCGCACACCCGUCAGCAAGAAGUUCCUAAGGUAUCAGGGAAGCCUAAGAGAGGUUAUUGCGGAAGUCUGGAAACGCUCAAACGUCUUUCCACAUAAAUUAACGGCAAUUGCCUCUUCGCUUUGUCAUUUUGGCUUACGGAAUGUUUCAUAGGAAUUCUCUACUUUUGGAGAGUGGCGGGGGCACCUGUCUCUCUCUUCGCUUUCCACUAAUCACCAACACCACUGCAUUGGUUGAGUUGGGAGGGAGAAAAACUUCCAUACCUGUCUUAUUAAAAAGGCCAAAACUAUCAUUAAGACCACAGUGCUAUUAGCGAUAUCUGACUGGCUUUCUUUUGGAUGUAAUGAGUGGUUUGUUCCUGAGAAAGCAAGUACAGAAGGCCUCACACACCAGCCACUUCCUACAGGGAGCCCCUCGAGGGGAGAGACGUCUUACGUCUCUUCAAGUCCCCCGCAACUCAUACAAUAUAGUAAACUAACUACUUAAUAAAUGUUUCCUGUGAGAAAAAAAUCACUUUGGAAAUCAAGGCCUCCUUCUUCCUCUUGAAAAACCAGGCCGUUUUCUCCACGACAGAUGUUCCUGCUCCAUGACUGGAUAUAGCUCCCAAUCCCCCUGGCUUGGAGACAUUACAUAGUUCUGAUUUCUACCACCACUUACUUGCUAAGUAGGUCUUACUGGAAAAGGUACACCCUAGAGCUGCUACGUUGUUUUACUUGAUUUUAAGUUAUUACUGACAGCAUGGGCGGGCGGUUUCCCCACAACAGUAACUUAUCAGUGAAGUCGCUCUCUUAGUUUAUGAAGGGUCUGUGAAUUAUAACAUUUCUUUUGUGCCGGUCAGCACUUGCGUGCUCUGACCACAACGAAACUGACAGGGCUUAACCGCGGAUAUUACUGCUUCUUCUGCAUCAAUGAGCUUAGGCCACAUUAUGUGACUAGUGAUGAAAAUAAAGACCUCCUGAGCCCAAAUAAAAUCCCAGUGCAAUAUACGCUAUGGCUGCUUUGAUGGAAUCUGCAUAGUUCUCUUGCUAUGAAAUGUUCAGACGAGGCAGGGUGUUAGCGUAUCGUCAUGGCUGCCAAAGAGUCAAAUGUCAUUUACAGAACUUGGACCCCAAGCCUCUAGGUCAGACAGUGAGAAAAAGGUGCAAAUAAUAAGAUUCCAGGAGUAUAAACAAGUAAAAAGAGAAGGAAGCGUUGACUUAGAAUUAAGCUGACCUGAAUCACUGGCCACCAUUGAGCGUUUGAGAACCGCACUCACUCCUAAAGGGGAAGCAGUGCCGCUCCCCACCGCAGAUGCUGCCGAAGCUUCCAGGAGCCAGUGCACUCGACUGGCCAGUUGAGAAAGAGCAUUUAUUUCAGUCCGGUCUACUGACCGUUCUGAAAAGCAGCACUGUUCUCUCCCAACACCAGAGAUCAGGUCAACCAAGACUUCUCAUUCCAGGGACAGGAAAGGUCAGAAACGACUCACGACCCCUUGUCAUCACUGAUGGACACUAACUAAAGGCUCUCCUGAGUAGUCUCUUGCAAAUGUUACAAUUUGACUUUUAUCUUCUAACAUCACAAUGUUAAAAAGAAAGCAGUAAGUGACCACCUUAUACCUGCUCCUUUGGUAGAUGACUGAGAAACAAAGACACUUCACUGCACCUUAUUUUCAAGUCAAUUAUGUAUCAAACUUGCCUAAUUGCCUUUGGAAAUUGCCUUUGAAAUUCCUUUUAGUCACCCACGAAGGACAUGGUACACAAUCUUUUAUGUUAGCAUUUACAUGGCAAAGACUCGUGAACCACCUUUUAGUAAAGAAAACACAGCUAGUUUUCCCUCCAACGUGAGAACAGAUCUCUGUUUCUUCAGCUGCAUACUAAAUCACGUAGUUGGCUUCACACUUAGGGGCCACGUUUGAAAAAGUACAUCUAAACACUAGAAUCACUCUCAGUAUAUAGCAAGAUGUUCAAACCGUUAGAACACAAAGGCGAGAGAGACCAAGUACACGUGUAACCCAUCCCGUGGCUGCCCUCACUAAAUGAAUUCUUAGCACAACUGCCCAGCAAUUUACAUGGUGACUCUUUCUUGUCCUGAUCUUUUACAAUUGCACACGCAAAAAUGAUGCAACCACACGGCACCUUCCAUAAGGCCUUACCACAGAGGCAACGAUCCACAUGGGCCCGCGACUCAGGUUUUGCAAUGCCCCACCCUGUGCACCUUCCAUAAAACCUCACUGUUCCGGUGUUUCCCAGCACCUUGUAAAAAAAAUGUAUUUGACGAAAUAUGGCACAUGGAGAUUCAGAAAAGGCAUAAACAAGAAAAUCUGAGUGUCACGAGCUCCCCUAUUACACCAGGCAAGAUCUCCGAAUAUUUUCCCUUUGCCACCCUGUGGCCUUCCACAAGGCCCUAACGGUCAGUAGGGGAAAAAGCACUCAUUCACGAGUAAGGAAUGGAAAUGCUACGUGCAAAGCCCAAGACGGGCAGCUUAAGAAAAAGCCUCAUUUGCUCCAGGACAGUCUGUAGAGUUCCUUCAGGGGGACUAACAGAAAAAGCAUUAAAAAGGCAGGAGACCUCAGCAGAAAAACAAACACCAGCCUUGUAUCUAGGGACUGUACUCCGUGGAAAUGAAAACAUGCACGUGCACAUAUGCUCUGUGAGCCCGUAUGCACAGACAGCUAGAGAAACCCCACGCUGUAACUUCCUCUA